UUUCUAUAGUCAGUCCUCUACCUCUAAUGGUCCUGUUAUGUUUCUAUAGUCAGUCCUCUACCUCUAAUGGUCCUGUUAUGUUUCUCGGUCUAAAAUGUUGAUUGCUGUGUUGUCACAGAACCUGCUCUCCGACAUUAAAAAGAAGGAGUCUGAGCUGAACAACGUAUCGAAAAAUGCCCAACUUUACCAGCAGGCCGUCAAGGACUAUGAGAAUGAUACUGAGAAGUUCAAGUCUAUUCUGGACCUUGAAGACGGGCUGGUCCCGCAGACCUACAAGAGAAGCAGACUGGAGUCCCCUGCACUCAGGGUCAAGGAAGAGGAAUCUGCCAUUGAAGCUAAAUUCACCGAAGUGAAUGCAGUGAACAAGCAAAGGAUGGCGAAUCUGCAGUUUGCACAAGGCCUUAUGAGUCAGCAAUCAGACGUGAUCGUCAGCAACAAUGUCCAACAAGUCAGAUCUGCUGCUCCGGGAGAAGAAUCCUGGAGGAUCGAGAGUCAACUGAAAGACGAGAUUCAGAGGAGGGAGCAGCUGGAGAAGGAUCUAGAGAAAAUCCAGACGGACAUCUACAUGUUGGAGGGCCAGAAGCCGGAGGACACCGUCGUCAAGAAGGAGAUCAUCAAGAAGGUUCCGGAUCCGACUCUGGUCGACGAGGUCCACAAUGUCCGUCAGAAACUGUCAGACGAAACCCGGGUCACCCGGGCCAUGGACAACGAGCUGGAGGCGCUGAGGCUGAAGCUGCGCGGCAUCGAAACAGAUCAAGAAGGAGCACAGCAGUACACCGUGAAGGAAGUGCUGCGUAUCGAGAGGGACCGCGGCCAGGAGGAGGAGGUGAGGAGGCUCAGGGAGGAGCUGGAAGAACUGAGGAGGAGGAAGACCAUCAAGGACAAUGAGGUGAUCCAGAUCACCAAGCAGGUGACGCUCCUGGCACAGCAGAAGUCCAAGGAGCAGGAAGUGAUCACAGAGGAGGAGGUGAUUAAAGUGCAGAACGACCCGCAACUGGAGAACCAGUACCGCAUCCUCUUGGACAGGAAGCAGAAGGAGCAGGAGGGCAGGAAGCAACUGGAGGACGAGCUGCGCUUCCUCCAGGACAAGCUCCGCAGGCUGGAGAAGGAGAAGUCCAUGGCCGAGGAGAAGAUCUCCAUCAAGGAGGUGCUGAAGGUGGAGAAGGAUAUUGCCUUUGAGAGGGAGGUAGAGAAUCUCAGGAUGCAACAUGAGGAUGAGAAGGCCAAGCACCGGUCUUCCCAAAGGGAGCGCGCCGACCUCCAGAGGAAGAUCUCCAGCCUAGAGGAAGAAAAGUCAAGGGUCAUAGUUCAGGAGAAGGUGAGGGAGAUCGUCAGGCCUGACCCCAAGGCUGAGGCUGAAGUGGCCAACCUACGCAUGGAACUGGUGGAACACCAGAGGAGGUACAGAGACGCCGACCAGCAGCUGAAGUCCCACCAGGACGAGCUGAAGAUGCUGAGAAACAGAGGUCCGCAGAUCGAGAUCAAGGAGAUCAUCAAGGAAGUCAUCAAGUACAAGACGGACCCGCAGACCGAGAGGGAGCUGGAGAAACUCCGCAAUGAGAUUGUGGACAAGACGUACCAGACGGAGAAGUCAGAGAUGGAGAUCAGGCAGCUGAGGGACGAGAUUCAGAGGUGGAAGGACACCAAGCCACAGGUGCAAAUUAAAGAGGUGGUUAACGAGGUGCUGGAGUACAAAGAAAACCCCAAGACCAAGGAGGAGAUUGAGAUCCUGAAGAGGAAGCUGGCGGACGAGCAGAAGAAACGCCUGGACCUGGAGAGGGAGCGAUCAGCUAAUGAGGAGAAGAUCCGGCUAAGGAAGAUCGACCUGUCCCAGGUCAGGGAGAAGGUUGUCCAGCAGGAGGUGGUUAAGAUGGAGGAGGACCCAUUACUGAGGUCAGAGUGUAGCACCUUCACACAGAACAUCAACAAUGAACAGAGGCAGAGGGAGACCCUGAAAGAGGAGCUCUUCCAACUUCAGAGGCAGAAGGCCAACCUGGACGCACAGCUGGAGGAGCUGGAGCGAGAACGCCGAGCUCGGCGCGAUGCAGAGCUGGAGAUCCAGAGGCUGAGGGUCAGGUUGAACGAGAUGGAGGUCAGGGACAAGGAGAACAGGGAGAGGGUCACAGUGAAACAGAUGGUGGUUCUCCAGCAGGACCCCCAGCAAGAGAAAGAGCACUCCAUCCUCAAGCUGCAGGUGGAGGAGGAGAGACACAAGCGCACCCUGCUGGAGAAGGAGCUGAACGUCCUGCUCGAGCAGCAGGUCACCCUGGAGAGGAUGGUGGUGAAGGAGAAGGUUGUGCGCACCGAGACCAUCCAGGUAGAGAAAGACCCGGAGGCUGAGCUGGAGAUCGAGAAGAUGACGAGGACGCUGGAACAGGAGAAGAGGAGGAGGCUCGAGCUGGACCAGGAGCUGGGCAGCCUCAAGUCCCGCCUGUCCGACAUGGAGUUCACCAACACCAAGUCGUCCAAGGAGCUGGACUACAUCCGCGACGAGAGCAGUCGCCUCCAGCAGGAGAACCAGAGGCUACAGAAUGACAUCCGCAGGCUGCAGUCCGAGAUCCAGAUCACCUCCACAGAGACCCGGAGCAUCUCCAACUCGGCCCCCAUGGAGAGCGGGAAGAACCUAGAGCUGAGGCUGGACUCACUGCAGAGGGAGCUGGCCGAACUGAAGGCCAUCACCAGCCAGAAGGAUGAGGAGAUCGAGAAGCUACAGAAGAGCCUGUCGGCCAUCCAGAUCAAGAGGGAGCAGAGGGAGAGCCACCUGAGGAGAUCCAUUGUGGUCAUCGACCCCGACUCGGGUAAGGAGAUGAGGCCAGAGGAGGCCUACAAACUGGGGCUGAUCGACUGGAAGAUGUUUGUGAACCUCCAGAGCCAGGAGUGCGACUGGGAGGAGAUCAGUGUCAAGGGCCCCAAGGGGGAGUCCUCUGUUCUCCACGACAGGAAGUCUGGGAAGAAGUUCUCCAUUGAAGACGCCCUGAGGGCUGGGAACAUCACCAACCGCCAGCUGCAGCAGUACCAUGACAAGGAGAUCACCAUCCAGGAGUUCGGAGUCAUGGUGUCGGGAAAGACCAAGUGAAAAAGAAACAUCUGAACAAAACUACUUUUUUUUAAGUCUAUGUUUCUGACGACCAUGAGUUUGAAAUGGGUGGCGUUUCUUGAUUUUGGAUUUCACUAGAUUUGAAUCUUCCAAAAUGUUUUAAUUCUGACGUACUUGAUCUAACAUUAAACAAUAUGUUAGUUUUAUAUGAAUACUUCAUUCCUCUCUCUCCUCUCUCUCUCUCUCUCUCUCUCUCUCUCUCUCUCUCUACAAUGCACUGUUAUAUUUAUUUUCAAACACAUAAUACACUAUAAAUACACAAACUGGUGUUCUGGUUUUAAGUGAGGGUUGGUAUGGCUGUGUUUAUAGCCAGUCAAAUGUUGUACAAGGGUUUUCUGUCUGUCUGUCCCUGGAAUACGCUUGUUAAACUACUUACACUGGGUACAGGGCUAGAGGUAGUACUUUAAAUAUGUUUAUUUUGAACGUGGGGUUGAAUUUACAUACACAAGGAUAUGAACGGAUAUGGGUAAUGUCGGUCUGUGGUAUUCUACUGUCAAACGGUCUCUCAGUUGUCCUGUUUUUACACGUCUUACAUAAGAAAUAAAACAGUCAAAUGAUAAA